GACUCGGUGGUCAUUGAGGACGUGGCUGUGGUCUUUAGCCAGGAAGAAUGGGCUUUGCUGGAUGUUGCUCAGAGGAAACUCUACAGAGAUGUGAUGAUGGAAACCUUCAGAAACCUGAGCUCAAUAGUGCUCACUGGUGAGAAACACUACGAAUGUAAUGAGUGUGGGAAACAUUUCUGUAGUUUCUCAUCCUUUUGGACACAUAUACAUGGUCAUAAGUGUCAUCUUUUAUCCCUCAUUUUGCAUAAAAAGUUUCAUAACAGAGAUAUACCUUAUGAAUGUAAGGAAUGUGGGAAAGCCUUUAGUCAUGCCUCAUCCCUCACUACACAUAUAAGAACUCACAGUGGAGAGAGAGCUUAUGAAUGUAAGCAAUGUGGGAAAGCCUUUAGACAGGCCUCGAACCUCACUAGACAUAUCAGAACUCAUACUGGAGAGAGACCUUAUGAAUGUAAGGAAUGUGGGAAAGCCUUUAGUCGAGCCUCACACCUCACUAAACAUAUAAGAAGAACUCACAGUGGAGAGAGGCCUUAUGAAUGUAAGGAAUGUGGGAAAGCCUUUAGUGAUUCUUCAGCCCUCACUACACAUAUAAGAACUCACAGUGGAGAGAGGCCUUAUGAGUGUAAGGAAUGUGGGAAAGCUUUUAGGCAACUCUCAGCUCUCACUACACAUAUAAGAACUCACAGUGGAGAGAGGCCUUAUGAGUGUAAGGAAUGUGGGAAAGCCUUUAGUUGUUCCUCAGCUCUCACUACACAUACAAGAACUCACAGUGGAGAAAGGCCCUAUGAAUGUAAAGAUUGUGGGAAAGCCUUUAGUGAUUACUCAUCCCUCUCUACACAUAUCAGAACUCACAGUGGAGAAAGGCCCUAUGAAUGUAAGGAAUGCGGGAAAGCUUUUAGGCAGCUCUCUGCCCUCACUACACAUAUCAGAACUCACAGUGGAGAGAGGCCCUAUGAAUGUAAGGAAUGUGGGAAAGCCUUUAGGCAGCUCUCAGCUCUCACUACACACAUAAGAACUCACAGUGGAGAGAGGCCUUAUGAAUGUAAGGAAUGUGGGAAAACCUUUAGGAGUUCUUCACAUCUCACUACACAUAGAAGAAUUCAUACUUGAGAGAGGUGUUAUGAAUGUAAGGAAUGUGGGAAGCCCUUUAGUCAUUCCUCACACCUCACUACACAUGUAAGAACUCAUGGUGGAGAGACUACUUACUGUAUGUCAAAAAUGGGAUGUUUCAUCCUUACUGCUGUAGUGUCAAACAGCAGGUUUUAG